CAGCCAUAUUACCCUUAUAAAAAAUUGCUAGCUUCAUUUCGACUCCUAAAUUUUUUUUUUGCCCUUUCCGUAAAUUCCAAAUAAACCGGCACAUUGGAGGAUAUCAUGUCCUUGUACUUCCCGUUUUUUCCAAUUAAAUAAAAGAAAAUUUUCACACACUCACACAGUCAAUUUAGUCUCUGAUUCUUCGUCAUCAUAUAAGAAGAGAUCGCCGAGUCCUCGGAGAUUCAAAGCAGAAUAUAAUAGUAUCCUCUCUGUCUUUGAUAGAUUUCGGAGUUUUUUUAGCUCAAAUCUAUAUAGUCAUUAUAUAUAUUUAUAAUCGGUGAUUGUGUGUGUGUCGGUGUGUGGAUCUAGAUCUUGGUUGUGUGGUCUGUGUAGAAAUAGUUACAGAGUAAGAUAGAGAGAGAAGGAGAGAUCUAGUGUGAGAGGAUUGAGAUGGAGGUCGCGAGGCCUCAAGUGUGGAUCGCCGCGUCGAUCGUCAUCGUCGGACUGCUCUUCGCCACCGCUCAUGGUUUCUACCUCCCCGGUGUCGCGCCGCAGGAUUUCUUGACUGGAGAUGAUCUCAUGGUCAAAGUAAACAAGCUGACCUCUACAAAGACACAACUUCCUUACUCCUAUUAUUCCCUCCCGUAUUGUACUCCAAAAACCAUUGUUGACAGUGCAGAGAAUCUUGGAGAAGUUCUUCGUGGUGACCGCAUUGAGAACUCGCCUUAUGUGUUCAAAAUGCGGCAACCCCAGAUGUGCCAGAUCGUUUGCCGCGUUGUCCUUAAUGCAAAAACUGCGAAAGCAUUCAAGGAGAAAAUCGAGGAUGAAUAUCGGGUGAACAUGAUCUUGGAUAAUCUACCUCUUGUUAUGCCCAUAAAGAGACCUGAUCAGGAAACUGUGGUGUACCAACAUGGUUUCCAUGUUGGGCUUAAAGGACAAUAUGCUGGUAGCAAAGAAGAGAGACAAUUUAUCUACAACCAUCUAUCAUUUACCGUGAAGUAUCACAGGGAUACAGAAAGUGAAGCUGCCAGAAUUGUCGGAUUCGAAGUUAAACCUUUUAGUGUAAAGCAUGAAUAUGAUGGUACAUGGAGUGAUAAUGUUAGAUUAACUACCUGUGAUCCCCAUGCAAAACGAAGUGUGACCAACUCAGAUUCUCCUCAAGAGGUUGAUGAUAAGAAGGAAAUUAUUUUUACCUAUGAUGUUCAGUUCGAGGAGAGUGAUGUGAAAUGGGCAUCUCGGUGGGAUACCUAUCUUCUAAUGUCUGAUGAUCAAAUUCAUUGGUUCUCAAUUGUGAAUUCUUUGAUGAUUGUUCUCUUCCUUUCGGGCAUGGUUGCUAUGAUUAUGCUGCGUACUCUUUAUCGCGACAUCUCCAAGUACAACCAGCUAGAGACUCAGGAAGAAGCUCAGGAGGAGACUGGGUGGAAACUGGUCCAUGGGGACGUCUUCAGGCCUCCAACAAACUCAGACUUGCUUUGUGUUUAUGUUGGGACUGGUGUUCAGUUCUUUGGGAUGACAUUAGUUACCAUGGUUUUUGCAUUACUUGGGUUCCUCUCCCCUUCAAACCGUGGUGGAUUGAUGACAGCUAUGCUUCUUCUCUGGGUCUUCAUGGGUCUCUUUGCUGGAUUCGCAUCUGCUCGUCUUUACAAGCUGUUUAAAGGAACAGAAUGGAAGAGGAUUGCUCUUCGUACUUCAUUCAUGUUCCCGGGGAUUGUGUUUGUCAUUUUUUUUGUGUUGAAUGCCUUGAUUUGGGGCGAGAAGUCUUCUGGGGCGGUGCCAUUUGGAACCAUGUUUGCCUUGGUGGUUUUGUGGUUUGGCAUCUCAGUUCCACUUGUUUUUGUGGGUAGUUAUGUAGGAUUUAAGAAGCCUGCUAUUGAGGAUCCAGUGAAGACGAAUAAGAUCCCAAGGCAGAUACCCGAACAGGCCUGGUACAUGAACCCAGUUUUCUCCAUCUUAAUUGGAGGGAUACUACCAUUUGGAGCGGUAUUCAUUGAGCUCUUUUUCAUUCUCACCUCAAUCUGGCUGCACCAGUUCUACUAUAUCUUCGGCUUCCUUUUCCUUGUGUUCAUCAUCCUGGUUGUCACUUGUGCUGAGAUCACCAUCGUGCUGUGCUAUUUCCAGCUUUGUAGUGAGGAUUAUCUGUGGUGGUGGAGAUCAUACCUGACUUCAGGGUCAUCAGCUCUCUAUCUCUUCCUUUAUGCUGCAUUUUACUUCUUCACAAAGCUGGAGAUCACAAAGCCAGUAUCUGGCAUUUUGUACUUUGGUUACAUGCUAAUAGCCUCGUACGCAUUCUUUGUGUUGACUGGAACAAUCGGCUUCUACGCAUGUUUCUGGUUCACAAGGCUCAUAUACUCAUCCGUGAAGAUUGAUUGAGGUGGAAGCUGAAGAAAGUAGUCUAUGCUUCCAAGACAAUUGUGAACCAGCUUGAAACUGGGUAAGGUGGCGAAGGGUUCCCACGAUCAUUGUUUGGUUCAAGUUUCAACUGCUUAAUCAUAUAGUAAUGUCAUUUAACCUGUAUACUGGUCAUUUGAAGGUUGACCAUCCUUUUUUUUUUUUUGUUAAUUGCUGUUAGUGUACUGUUUUUGCAUCUCCAAGAAGACAUUAUGCAUAGAUUUUAGAAAAGAAUACUUAUUUUAUGACAUGAUGACUGAAUUUCUUGUACGAAUUUUGAUUCAUAAAUUACCACAGGAUAGUUAGCUGGUCCAACUUUUCUCAGAACUGCAGGUGGUUGACUAAGCUUUGCCUUCCCCUGAACUUUUUUUGCUCGGGUUUGUGGGAGCUUGUAAUGGCAUUAAGGACCUAGCUGCAGUUGAUACUAGGUGAGAUCACAUUUAAGAACUUCUGCAAGCUCUUAAAUGCUGUGAUUCUCAAAACGUUGAUGUAGAAUGUAGACUGUAUUUGCAGAAAGAGUAUUCCAUGUUUAUGGAGGUGAGCCGGCAACCAGCGUCUAACAUUGGCAACCAGAGUCAAAUUCAUCUUCCGCCUUCAGAAUGGUGGAUACUUGGGUCUUACUUUUUAUGAUUUCUCUGAAAUAAGACUUCCAUUUCUUAAAAGAUCUUGAACCAAUGUUUCACGAGAGAACUCGUAUGGAUUUCAAUUAGUUUUGAUGCAGUAUGAGCAAAAAAGAGCAUCCACAAUCUCAUAGACAGUAACACAAUACGAAGAAUACCAUCAACAAUUGCGGUGUCAAAGCAAGAAAUUGGCAGCUACGGUUCAGGUGUACAUCCGUCUAGACUACACGGAACAAAAUGCAGGAGACAAGCUUUUUGGGCAAGUCAUCAUCAGGGUAUUUAGUAAGCAAAAACAAGAUUUUCGUAAUCCGUGACAAAUGGACCCAAAGGUUUCCAAGGAAUGCUCAAGGGCCAUAUGACGACUUAUCAACAGAGUAUCAACAUAUCAAAGUGAAUUGGCCGAAGCCCAAUGUUGUCUUCCCCAUUACUCCAUCAAAUAUCUACUGACUUUUGUAACACCACUACCUGGGAUUAUACUUAACAGAUUGACAAUAUCUUAUCCCAUGCUUCCGAUGUGAUGUGUAAAACCAGCUUUUUGUUUAAGUUAAUAAAUAUAUGGAUAAGGAUUCAGAGGCAGCUACUUAGUCCAGUUUCAU